AUGACUAAAGAAGCAGCAGAAAAAAAAGAGGCUUAUGUAACCUUGGUUGCCACUGAUUCCUAUGUCCCAGGUGCACUUGUGCUCGCUCAUCGCUUACGCGAUCUCGGCACAGUCAAACACCUCGCGUGUCUGGUCACACCAAUCGUGUCCUCACAAGCUCGAGCAUUACUAGUACCACGGUUUCAUCACCUAAUCUCGGUGGACAGUAUGCAUUCCACGACGCCCGCCAACUUGUUAUUGUUGGGUCGUCCAGACUUGGCCGUGACGCUCACAAAACUACACGUGUUUCGGCUGGCCCACUUGUUUACAAAGAUCGUCUUUCUUGACGCAGACACGUAUCCGGUCAAGUUGAUAGACGAGUUGUUCGAGAGACCAUCAUUUUCGGCUGCUCCAGACGUGGGAUGGCCGGAUUGUUUCAAUUCAGGCGUGUUUGUGGUCCAGCCGUCCGAUUCGGUAUAUGCGGAUUUGAUACAAUUGGCAGCGGAAAAGGGAUCGUUUGAUGGUGGCGAUCAAGGUCUCCUCAACACAUACUUUGCUAGUUGGCCAGAAACGUCUGCACAUCGAUUGCCGUUUACAUACAAUACGACACCUUCAGCUGCUUACAGGUAA